GAGAGAGAGAGAGCUGAGAGGAUACACAGCGAACAGAAGGGAAGAGAAGGAGGAGGGCAGAUAGAGCAUGCUUUUAGUUCAACAGGGUGAACUAACAGAGAGAGAGAAAUCACCACGGAGCGAGUAACGUGGAACAUUUGCACUUGGACUACUCCGCAGCAGCUCAGAGGGACACUGAGGGGCUUGUGUGAGGUGUCUAAGCUGAGGACGGACAGAAAAUAACUGGACAGAAGACGGGGUGGUCAUCUUGGUUCUUCUGCAGCCAAACUCCGAAUACCAGUUGGAUAUCACAAAACCAGACCAAAGACCUCUUACUGCAACACACGCUCUUAGACAAUCAGCACAAAGCAACAUAAUGAUCUUUAGUAACUCUCAUACUUCAGCAGGGACAGUGCAUUAGCAGAUUUUCCUCUCAUUAUCUUGGAUCAUAUUGGACCUAAAACACUUUGUCCAAUGCUUACCUUCAGGGCUAAUCCAGUUUUGGAUGCUUUUUUAUCCUGGAAACAGCUUGCUUUUUGAACUUUCAUAGCUUAUUCUCAGCGAGACUCCCUGAUGAUCACAAGGGAAUAUGUCACUCUGUUUCUGGUGGGCUCCUGUUUCCUGUUGGACUACAGCUCCCAAAUCUCCCUGCAGGCUCCACUCCAGAGCAGAACUAAGGCUGGGGUGAUGUCAGUCAGGGAAGGGAAGGGUGGAAAGACUGCGAGGACACCUUUGAGGGAAACAUCAUUGACACCGUUGGAGAGCAGGAAGAGGCUAAGGAGACAUGGGAGGCCAAGGAUCCACCGUAUUAAAAGAGGAUGGGUGUGGAAUCAGUUCUUUGUCCUGGAGGAGUACAUGGGAUCUGAACCGCAGUAUGUUGGAAAGCUCCAUACAGACAUGGACCUUGGAGACAAUGCAGUCAAGUACACUCUGUCAGGAGAAGGAGCUGGGCCCAUCUUCACCAUCGAUCAAAUUACAGGAGAUAUACACGCACUGGUGGGGCUUGACAGGGAGGAAAAGUCCUUCUACACGCUGAGGGCCCAGGCUGUUGACAUGCACACAGGUGUCCCUCUGGAGCCAGAGUCCGAGUUCAUCAUCAAGGUGCAGGACAUCAAUGACAACGAGCCACGUUUUCCUGACGGUCCUUACAGUGCCAGCGUCCCUGAGAUGUCUCCAACAGGAACCUACGUGACACAGGUGACUGCAACAGAUGCAGAUGACCCUACAUAUGGCAACAGCGCACGCAUCGUCUACAGCAUCCUUCACGGCCAGCCGUACUUCUCUGUGGACCCCAAGACAGGAGUGAUCAGGACAGCUCUAGCCAACAUGGACCGUGAAGUGAAAGGGGAGUACCAGGUUCUUCUCCAGGCCAAGGACAUGGGAGGUCAACUGGGGGGACUAGCCUCCACCACCACUAUCAACAUCACCCUCAGUGACGUCAAUGACAAUCCACCGCGCUUUGCUAAGAGUAUUUUCCAUCUGCGGGUGCCGGAGUCGGCGUUAGUUGGCUCAGCUGUGGGUCGGAUUCGAGCCCAUGAUCUGGAUGCUGGCAGUAAUGCAGAGGUGGAUUAUGCCAUUGUUCCAGGAGAUGAGGGCAACAUGUUUGACAUAAUCUCUGAUGGCCAAACUCAGGAGGGAGUUGUAGUCUUAAAAAAGCCUCUUGACUAUGAGACCAAGAAGUCAUAUACCUUCAAGGUCGAGGCAUCCAACAUACAGCUGGACCCUCGUUUCCUUCACCUUGGGCCCUUCAAGGACUCGGCGACAGUCAAGGUGAAUGUCCUGGACAUGGAUGAGCCUCCUGUCUUCACCAAACCCUCCUACUCUAUGGACGUGUAUGAGGACACUCCUCCAGGAACCAUCAUCGGUUCUGUGACAGCUCAUGAUCUGGAUGCCAGCAGCAGCGCAGUCAGGUAUUCGUUGGAAUGGCACACAGAGUCUGACAGCUGUUUUGAUGUUGACACCAUUGAGGGAACCAUUUCCACUAAUGAAUACCUGGACAGAGAGACAGCUGUUCAGCACAAUAUCACUGUGGUGGCAACCAAAGUCAACAACCCUUUGAUGUCUACUAAAGUGUCAGUAACGGUCAGUGUCCUGGAUGUGAACGAGUUCCCUCCUGAGCUGGCAGUUCCUUCUGAUACCUUCGUCUGUGAAAACUCCAGAGUUGGACAGGUGAUCCAGACGGUCAGUGCUGUGGACAUGGACCUUCCUCCGGUUGGCCAGAGGUUCUUCUUCAAGUCCCCCAAAGAGCUUCGCAACAGAAACUUCACUGUUCGAGAUUUUGGAAACAACACAGCUGGCAUUGUGACUCGACGCUCAGGCUUCCAGCGGCGGCUGCAGGACGCCUAUGUUCUCCCUGUCGUGGUGGAAGACAGCGGUUACCCCGCCCAGAGCAGCACGGCCACCCUCACCAUCCGAGUGUGUUCCUGCGAGGCGGGAGGCUCGCUGCUAACCUGCUCAGCUGAGGCCGUCUUCCUGCCUGUGGGCCUCAGCACAGGAGCUCUGAUGGCUAUUCUGCUGUGUGUAGCGCUGCUGAUUGUCAUGGCAGCUUUAUACAUGGGCCAGAGGCACAACAAAGAGAAAGAGACUCUGAUGACAUCAAAAGAGGACAUCCGUGACAACGUCAUUCACUAUGACGAUGAGGGUGGCGGUGAGGCGGACACUCACGCGUUUGACAUGGGCACUCUGCGCAACACGCACUCACAGCGCACCAGCACUCACAGCAGCACCUCCAAGAAGGAGAAAAAUGGCUACGGAGACGGGGUUCUGCUGCAUCUCAGCAGUCGCUCUGGCGACAUCAGGUCACCUGACAUCCAUUGUCAGACGGCCAGCAUCAUCACCGCCAUUAACGCCAAGGCCCCGCUGUCCUCCCGUGGCAGAGUGACCGGAGGCGAUGCUGAAAUUAUCAAGAUGUUUAUCGAACAGCGGCUGGAGGAGAGUCAGGAGGGUUACGCCGCCCCACCCUAUGAUUCACUGGCGACCUACGCCUAUGAGGGUGACGGUUCGGUGGCUGGCUCGCUGAGCUCCAUAGAGGAGUCAUGGGUAAUCGAGGACUCAGGGGAUUUCAGUUCCCUCGGUGACUGGGGACAGUCCUUCAAAACACUAGCUAGCAUCCUUGACAGACAGCCGCCUACUCUGACUGAGGAGAGCUGAGAGGAAGUUGGACAGCAGAGAGAGACUUUGGGUGGCCAUGCGGGACUUAGCUUUCUUUCCUAGACAUGUUUUUUUUACUGUGACAGGCACUGCCUAGAAUGAUGUGAGGACUCUUUAGAAAGCUGUCCAGGUGAAGUAGAGUUGUGGACUGUUUAGCCCGAGUGCAGAGGAUCUAGCUACAGACGUGUGGAAAGGUAAACUUGAUAGCUCCUCAAAGUGCCUGAGGUACUUUAUGUUUACAUGUAUU